AUGAGCAGUGCCGGUGUGUAUGGUCCUACAGAUGUGCUCCCUUUGAGUGAGGAGAACCCAGGUGAUCCAAACUCCCGACACAAGGAGAAGCUGCAAUGCGAGCAGUACUUGGAUUCUCAGGGUAUGAACUGGACCUCCAUCCGUCCAGUGUACAUCUACGGCCCCUUGAACUACAACCCCGUGGAGCGUUACUUCUUUGAUCGGGUGACGCGGGGGCGGCCGGUGUGUAUUCCCUAUGACGGGAAGUACAUCACCCAGUUGGGACACUGUGAGGACCUGGCUGACUUCAUGAUCAAAUGCAUUGGCAAUCCAGCAGUCAAGGGCCAGGUCUACAACAUCUCCAGCGAGGAGUACGUGACCUUCGAUGGCAUGGCGAAGCUUUGUGCACAGGCAGCAGGCAUGGCUGAGCCGAAGAUCGUGCAUUAUGAUCCCAAGUCUGUGGAGGUGCCAGAUGGAUUUCCCAAAGCCUUUCCCUUUCGUGGCAUGCACUUCUUUGCCUCCAUUGAGAAGGCCAAGCGUGAUGUGCCUGACUGGAUGCCCAAGUUCAGUAUGUUGGAAGGCUUGAGGAGUAGCUAUCAGCAAGAUUAUUUGGCACGUGGCUUUGAUAAGCAGCAGCCAGAUUUUCGGACCGAUGAGCUGAUUUUGUCUAAAAGCAUGUCAGCUGCAUAG